CUCUCUCUCUCUUUGAACUUGGAAAGCUACGGAUAUAACGGAAAAGUCAAUCAUAAGAUUUACUUUCAGAUGGCAGAGUCACAGAAGGGGACGCCAUCUACUAAACCAAAAGAGAAAAGUUCACUGCUAGAUGAGGAAAUUGGAAAGGAGUUUCUCAGUUCCUGGAAAUCAAUGUCAGUGACAGAAGACGAUGCUAUGGAUUUUAGCUUUGAAGCAGUAUCCAAAGGCCAGAAAAAGAAGUUCAACUUUGAGAAAUUGGACAUGGAUUUCAAUCUGGAUGGUGAUUUUGACAAGUUGUCAUCAUUCAAAGUGGACAUGUCAGACCUUGAUUUCUUAUCCUCACCCAGAAACACUGCAAAACCCAAGGAAAGAUGUGAAGAAGAAUCUUCCAGUGGAAAUCGUCAACAAAAACAAGAUCGCUUUAAUUUCUCUUUUGAUUUUAAUGUGUUGGAUAGUUUCAGUUUUGAGUCGAGCUUAACGAAAGAGGAUAAGAAUUCUAACACCUCAGAUAGCAAAGGAGUUACUCCAGAGCUAAGUCAGUGUCAAGGUUCUAAAUUAAACCUGACUGAAGGUAAUGCUGGGUGUGAUGAUUGCUUAGACAAGAAACUUCAAGCAUGCAAGAGUGCAGGCAUGUCAGAAGUUGAGAAUUUGAUAGGUGGUCAAGGGGAUCUUAAUUUCAUUAAUGAUGGUUCUACUUCAAAAUCUGCAACCUCUGAAAAUUUGGUUGGGUCACAUGGGGGAGGAACUUCUUCAAGGAAAGCAAUAAUUAUGAGUGUAGGAGAAACUGAUCAACAAAAAAGUGUACCUGAGAACUUAAUAUUUGCAGGACCAGAUGCUCAGCAACUUAAACCUGAUUUACCUGUCCAACCUAUGCAUGCAAGUGAUUCAAAUCGAGAUACUGUUUCAGAUGUUUCAGAAGCAGAGGCAACAAUUUGUUCUCUGGCUACAAAAGAAAAAAAUGCUUCAAGCAGAGAGCAGAUUGAUGUUGACAAAGUGACGUCUAUUGUGGGAUCUGAUCAUGAAAACUCACCAAGGAAGAAUUCACCUCCAGUGCACAUCACUGGAUCAGAUAGCAAUGAUGGUGAAAGGAAUAAGUCAGGUGGCAAUGCACCAUUCAAACAUACGAAUGACACUGAACCAGCUGAACCAGUUGAAGGUGAUUUAGAUAUUAAAGAUACGUCCACCAAAAAUGCCUCAAGAAAGGCGGCAUAUGACACCAAGGGCAUUAUGGAGAGCCAGAGGUCAACUUCCAAGCUUCCUUUGGCCCCAUUAGGCAGGGAACAUGUAGCUGAUACAAGGCCACUGGCGAAAGAAAACGGAGGUAUACACUCAAUGUUUAAUACAAGGAAAGAGGAAACUGGAUCUCCAUUGCAUCAGACACCUAGGAUGGGGUUUCCCUCAUUCGGCAGCAAAAGAGUAGGGGCCAUGCAUCUAAGUCCUGCCAGUGAUAAAGGGGAGGGAUUCAAUAUAAAUGAUGCACAGAAUGAAUGCAAAUCGGUUAGUUCUACAAUUUCAGUUGCUAAAGAAUUUACAAAAGGCCAACCGUUUUUUCAGAGAAGUGAAAAGAACAAUAAAAAUCUUGGUAAAAUCAGGGGAGGCUUAGAUUCUGAUAAUGUACCAAAUGGGAGCAACCUGAUUGAGAAUUCGCAGCCACAUGAUAAAGAAGUAACAAAAGGUGAACUUGUUUUGUUCGGAAGUGGAAAGAAUGCUAAAGAUCAUCAGACUUCGAGGGGAGGCUUAGAUUCUGAUAAUAUGCCAAAUGGGAGCAAGCUGAUUGAGAAUUCGCAGUCACGUGAUAAAGAAGUAACAAAAGGUGAACUUGUUUUGUUAGGAAGUGAAAGGAAUGUUAAAUAUCAUCAGACUUCAAGCUUAACUGAAAAGACAACUGGAUGCAGUGCCCAGACUCGUGUAAAUCCUAAACUUAUGCUUUUGAGCAUCGAAUCCUUGCGGAACUCGGAGAUCAUUCCUGCUGAAAGGAAUAAACUUUGCCUGAUAAAUGCUGGCAAGAAGACACCUGAUCUCUCUAGCAUGAGAACAGCUAGGACUAUCGGGGCAAGCAAAGCUCUAUCAAAUUCUAUAUGUCAGACAGUUGAUUCUUCGGGAAAGUUCGCGCAAAACGUUGGAGUAGAGGGAAAUACAACAUCGAAGAUUGUGCAUCUUGUUGGCAGUGAUGAGAAACAAAUGUCUCAAGCCCUGUCCUUGAAGCGGAAAAAGUUCGAGGCAUCAAAUGCAGAUUCAGAGUCCUUAAAGUCUCUGAAACGCCUCUCUGAGUCACCUAGUGAAAGCAGCAAUUUAAAAGUACCUUCGGAAAGAGUUCUUGAAGAGCAGGUUUGCAUUCGUGGGAUUCGGACAGAGAGUAAUGCCAAGCACAUUACUGAUGACCAGCCAACCUCUGGACUUGAAAGUCCUCGAGAGGUAAACAUGAUGGAACUGGAAAUUCCUUUAGUUAUGGAGACGGAUGGAAAUGUCGAGAAGGCUGAGGCAUAUACAAAAGAGCUUGAUGAUAUUUGCAACAUGCUGAAAAAGAAGCAUGAGGAAGCCAAGGAAAUAUUAGUUCGAGCUAUAGUCAACAACAAUAAUUUGCUGAUGCUAAACCAUCCCAUCUAUGAAGAGAAGAUCCGUAAGAUUCAGAAUUUUGCUGCUAAACUGUUGCCCAAGGAGCUUCGAACAUGAUCAGUAGGAGCAACAGUUUUCCUAUCAAGGCCUGCAAAUAUGAUGCAUGCGUCACCUUCAGAAAUGGUGGGGAAGACUGAAGAGAAUGGGUUGAGCACUUGUGAGAUAAGAUUGCAAGCAGGAUAGCAUUGCUGGCCGGCCACGUAAGUAUUGAACGUGGAAGUUUAGCAGCACAAAACAUAUAUUGGAUAAGAGUUGUGCUUUCGGUAGAAGCCAAUGGCUGGGACUCCAGCUGGGGAAGAAUGAUAAAAUUACAAAGGAAGUGAUGCAUGUUGACAUGACAAAUCACUUGGUGGACUGGGGUUGAAUACAUUAAAGAAAAUGGGGAAUUUGACAGAAAUUUUUAAUUGGAUUUUAAGAUUUGUGGCACUAUCUCGUUUUUAUAUGAUUAGUUGGUAGUGGUCAUGGUACAGAAAAAUAUGCGAGGAAGGUUUUUUUACAACAAACCUUAAAAACUUCGAAUUGUGCCUUGGCAGGUAGUUCUUCUACUCCAGCCACUUGGACUUAUAUAUGUGA